GCAGCAGCCGUAGUAGCAGCAGCAGCAGCAACGUCAUGGCCGCUCGCAACAACGGUAGCAGCAGCCGACGACAGCCGCCCCUACGCGAUGACGCCGCCCACUUCGCAGGCGACGGUCGCCCCUGAGUCGCCGGCUUCGGGCCGCGGCCGGCUGCGCAGAUCUGGGUCUGUCCGACUGCGCAGACAGCACGGACUUCAACCGCCCCUGCACCCUUUGCAGCUGUGCGGUUGGGUGGCGCUGGCCGCUCUGGCGGGCGGCUCGCUUCUCCUGCUGGUGCCGGGCCUGCCGCCGCACGCGCAGCCCGCAGCCGCAUCAGCCGGCUCUGUUCUGCUCUUGAUUCAUCUGGCCACCCAUCUGGCGGCCGCUCUUAUAGAUCCGGCGGAAGAGGCUCUACGCCACAGGGAGAUAUUGCCCCUGCCGCAGCUCGACAGAGACAAACACGCUCAUGUAAUCGAGGGAGGCACUUGCCUGCUCUGUCAUAUAACGGUGACAAGUUCCAGAACUAAGCACUGCAGCGUUUGCAACAAGUGCGUGGCCAAUUUCGACCACCACUGCAAGUGGCUGAACCACUGCAUAGGAGGUCGCAACUACGCACUCUUUCUAAUGUGCGUUUCCAGUGCAGUAGCUGCUGCAGCCCUGGUGGCCGUUCUCGCUGUUGUCAAUAUUGUAUAUCAUCAUAUAGGAUACGGCGACUCUUCAGAUGAAGCUGACCAGAAGGAAGAGCCUUUUUUGAAACCAAAUUUAACCUCCCCGCCCCCAUUUCCGUCCUCGUUGCCGUCUAGCGAUGCAGCUUUCCUAGCUGUCGUAGCUGCAUUGGGAUUGUUAGCAGCCAUCACUGCAGGUCUGCUGUUACAUCUGUGCUUCUUUCACAUCUACAUAUCAUUUCUGGGUCUCACCACAUACGAGUAUAUCCGCCAGCAACGCCAAAAUAAUUCCCAACAGCCUGUUCCUCAGACUGAAAUAGUUAAUAUGGAAAAUGUGGAACGAGACGCAGACAUGGAAAGAAACCCUACGCUGAGACACAGGCCCGUUAAUCUUCAAUGUGACGGAAAAACCAGAACUACCUUUUUUAGUUGUACAGUACUAGAAGAAACAUUCUCCAGUUGUAAUCCCGAGCCAACUCCUACACCUCCCAGCACUCCUCAAGAUUGCCAAAUGUGCAUUAUGAGUAAUAAUUCGGUAGCUCCAGAACUAAAAAUACCUCCGAAAAAAGUGCGCAAAAAAUGGAACUGUUGCGUAUCGGUCCCGGACAGUCCGGACGAUAACCAGAGCCCCUCAGAGCCCCGCUGUCUCAUUUCCUUGUGCAAGCACAAAGUCAAGAGCAAAAAGCUGCCGCCCCCUCUGGACGGUCGGCCACACAGAACGCACGGCCAUUGGUCGAGCGCCAAAAUAAGGUUAUUGUUUAGAGUGUUAGGUAGUUUAGGUCAGCACAAACGCAGAAACCAGCAACAGGCCCAAAAUAACCAGGGCCAGAUUCCCAAGAAUAAUCAAGUGGGACCUUUGACUGAUCCCACUUCAAACUCUCCCGUCCCCAUACAGACUGUCAGUAACCUGGUGCCAGUUUCAUGUUAUCCAGAAGUUUCUCGUAGAGCCAAUACCUUACCUGCUUUACCGACUCCUCCAAGAAAGCGACUGAUAAGCGAAACCGAGCUUGCCAACGCGCUCACCCUUCUCCAGCAGCAGCAACGGUGCGGACGCCGCCCUUCGUACCGCCGGCGUAGGCGCAGCGUCGCCCACCGCACCAAGACGCCCGCCCUGUCGCCUAUUCGCGAGAGCGGCCUCAGCAACCCCGCGUCGCCCUCCAGACAGACCUGCGCAGUGUCGGCCUUAGGCUCGUGUACGAGAACGAGCUAGGAUGAGAGAACAGCUAUGGUUGUGUAAAAGUGUUAAAAAAAUGCCUUGGUCGGGAUGAUUGCUUGGUUGCUGUUAUUUGUCUAUUAGCACUUUCAGUUAACGCCUACAUUUCUGACAAAAAAAAUGGGGAAAAUAGCCACUGAUAUAGAGAAUUAAAAAUUAUGAUUCUCGGAAACAGUUCUCAAUAUACUUCGUAAUAAUGGUAAUAAACUAACCAGUAGCCUGGUCCUGAUCUUAGUAUUAAAAAAAAUCUGAAACACUUAAAUAUAAUUUUGAAAAUUGACAUAUGUACUUAUUUGAUAUGUAGGCUCGAAACUAACAGGACACUGUUUCCCCAACGGACACCUCAGUAGGCUGAAACUCAGGAACAACGGC